UUCCUGCUUUUCUCAGUUCUGCUUUUCCCUGCGCUCACUUUACUCAUGUUGGAUUUACAUUUCUAUUUUAUGUAUAGAUGCAGUUGCAAUUGUGCAGUCUGAGCCACACAGUUCCAGUUUGUGGACUUUGCUUUUUGCUCGAUUUCUUUCUUCCCACCUGUUUGCUGUUUGUGUCUCACUGCUUACUUCACAUCUCUCUCAGCAGCCUUUUCCAGCAUUACUUUCAACAAAAGUUUCAUUUCUUGGUCAUGGAUGAUUUCGUAAGAACCAAACUGGCUGAAUGGGGGCUAAGUGAGUGGGUGGAGAAAUUUAAAGAUCAAGAAAUUGAUGCAGGAAUUAUUUGUGAGCUUGAUGAUCGAGAAAUUGAGAAUUUGAUCACAAAAGCUGGACCAAGAAUGAGAUUCAAGAAGAACCUCAAGCUGUUAAAGGAAAAACAAAACACAAAUCAAGAAACAGUCAAUUCUUUUCAACAUGAAAAGGAGCAUGAAGAAGCAGCUGAUGUGAUUCAGUGUGAACAGGAGCAUGACGAAGCAGCUGAUGUGGUUCAGGUCUUGCCAUCCACAAGUGAUACAGGAAAGAGAAAAUCAGACCUUCAAAGUGACACCAUCAGGUUGCAGUCACCAGCUAAGCGACAACGUCUGUCUGUGCCAGGAUUUGAAGAACCAGUCAUACUGUCUGAUGUGAAAAGCAUCAUGACAUUUGUACAUGCCAGACUAAAUAAGCAAGACAAACUCAGUGAUUUCUUAAAGAAAAAGAUCAGUGAUUUGGAGACAGACAAGAGGGAGCUGGUUGGUGUCUUUGGUAAAACCGGGGCUGGAAAGAGCUCUUUGAUAAAUGCCAUCAUCAAAGAGAAGAAUCUUUUACCUUCAGGAAGUGUCAGUGCCUGCACCUCAGUCAUGAUCAAAGUGGAAGCUAACAGAGGUAGCUUAAAGUAUGAGGCAGAAAUUGAGUUCAUCGCAAAGGAGGAGUGGAAAGAAGAGUUGUGGUCAUUUCGUCAGUUUCUUGACAAUAAUAAAGAUCAGAAAAAGGAAGAUGAUGAUUAUCAUGAUGCUGUUGAAAAGCUGUCAGCACUGUAUGGAGAAGAAUGGGAAAAGUCCUUUGAAAACCUCAUGGAUCGAAAAUAUUUCAAAGAAAUUCCAGAAUUUCUCCAAUCCAGGCGGAAGAUUUUGAGAUGUGAAUCAGCUAAUGAACUUUCUGCAAAAUGUGUCAAGUACACAAGAAGUGAUUCAAAACAAGGAGAAGGCAAUGAAGGAAAAAAGUGGUUUUGGCCACUGGUGAAGUGUGUGACUGUCAGGGUGCCAAACAAUCCUUUUCUCCAGCAUGUCACACUUGUGGACCUUCCUGGAAAUGGUGACUGUAACAAGAGCAGAGAUCAGAUGUGGAAAGGGAUAGUUGGAGAUUGUUCUACUGUGUGGAUUGUGACUGAAAUUAGUCGAGCAGCAUCAGAGAAAGCAGCCUGGGGGAUCCUGGAAAGUGUCAGUAGUCUGAUUGGAAAUGGUGGCGAAUGUCAGCAAAUUCACUUUAUCUGCAACAAGUCUGAUCUUCUUGAUGAUUCUGAUGAUCUUUUACCCCCUGCCCAUACCUAUAAUGCUGGAAGUCGGGUUCGCAACCUGGAGGCUGGAAAAGUAUUUCAGGAAUUGCCCCCACACCUUGUAAAACUUACCGCUGUUAUUGCUAAUCGCAUACCGGAUCUUUUCAAGGCUCAGAUAGUACAUGAGGUCCCUCAGCCAUUGAGCCUGGGUGGGCAAAGGGGCACUCCUCCAUCUAAGUGGGAUUGCACGUCUAGCUACAAGGGAGGCGAAGGAGAGCAUGCAAUGCUGUGA